CGUGCGCGUUCCCGCUGUGUAGCGACAAGAUGGCGGUCGCCGCCGGAUCAGGCGUUAAAGUUCCUCGCAAUUUCCGGCUCCUGGAAGAGCUGGAGGAAGGCCAGAAAGGUGUAGGAGAUGGGACAGUGAGCUGGGGUCUGGAGGAUGACGAGGACAUGACCUUAACACGAUGGAGAGGGGUGAUCCUCGGCCCUCCGAGGACAAGCUAUGAAAACAGGAUGUACAAUCUGAAGGUUGAAUGUGGGCCAGGAUACCCAGAGUCACCACCGUUUGUCAGAUUUGUGACAAAGAUAAACUUGAAUGGUGUGCACACCUCCAACGGUGUGGUUGACAUGCAUGCGGUGACUGCACUGGCCAAGUGGCAGAACUCCUACAGCAUCCGGAUGGUGCUGCUGGAGCUGCGGCGGCUCAUGACGUGCAAGGAGAACAUGAAGCUUCCUCAACCACCUGAGGGCCAGAUCUACACCAACUGAGCCCCUGCUUCUUUUGCCUCCAUCUUUUUCUCCUUUCCCCACUCCAACCCCUCUGUUUUGCUUUCAUCCCUUUAUCCCCCAUCAUCCGCCAUGUGACAUUCCACCUCCUGCCAACACCUUGGCUGAGCACACGCACACAUACACUCACUCACUCAAAUAUACAGUAACAGGUAUACAAUAAUAGGUACAUGCAGACAUAAACACACACAUACAUACACACACACAUACACAUAUCUGUAUACACACUUAUUACACUCUUAUUGAGCAUUCAUGACAGUCAUUCCAGGCCCCCGCCCCCUCCCUCUCCCAUCACUGGAGCUCUGGGUGGACUCGAUGUGACGAGGCAGGCGGAGUCCUCAGUCCACACCAGAUAUGAUCAUUCGAAUACUGUACAUCUUACUAAUCUUUUUUUAUUAUUAUUUGUUAAAAAAUGCAGAUUGUACAAUAACAUAAAUAAUCUUAUUGAGUGUAUCUCUUUGUCUGUUGCCUUUUUGUAACAUUGAGAACGGCCACUUAACGUAGUUGCACAUAGUUCACUAGACGGUUGGUUGCUGUUAGUUGUGAGAUAAUCUUCUCUCAAGGUUUACAUAUAAAAUCCCAAACCCAAAACGCAUAUAUCUUGGUAAAUAAUGUUAAGAAUGUCUUGUCGUGGCCAGAUAUCUGAUGAAAUAUUUUCUUCAGUAUGUGUUCACAUGGGCUUGCACAUUUUCUUUUUUUUUUUUUUUCCCCACAAGAAGUUCCUUAGUAAAUGCAUGACUGCAGCCCAGCAAGGUGCCUGGAAGUGGCCACCCUAAUUACACAUGGCUUUUUAUUUUGUUCUAUGUAAGAGCUGUCCAAAGUGAACGUUGUAUCUAUACCACUAUAUCUGAUCUUAAUAUGCAUAUUAGCGUAGUAUGCACAUCUGCUGUAGGUCUGCAGAAGUCCCAGUUAAACCAUGCUUGAAAAUAGAAGUGAAAUCAGCUACCUCUUUUGGUCCUGUGUAACGUCAGAGGAGUUUUCUGACUUGUGAAACUGUCUUUGCUACUUCAUGUGACAAUUUGUUUUACUCUCUCCACUUCUUUCAUAAAUCUUACUUCAUGCUUUUCA